AUGACUUCUUCCGAAAUCACCCUUUCCCCGUCCGUCACAAUGCCCUCACAAAAGCCCUUAAACUUUUCCAUCGCCCGAAUUAUGCAACCCGAUCCUGUCCCCAAAGAAAAGCAAAGAAAAACUUUAAAUUUUCAACCACAAAUCAUGGAAAACGAACAAGAUGAUGAAAUGAGGAUAGAUGUCGACGAUUCUGAAGAAAAUAGUGCAAAAAGUAAUGAAAUCGAAGAACAAAUGGUGACUGAAGGUGGUCAGAUGACUGAAAAUGCGGAUGAUGUGCUGCAGAGGAUAGAUUCAGCUUUUAAAAAGUAUGUUCCACUUCAGCACCAUCAUCGAACUCUACUGGCCCAGCAUGCAACCUCAAUCCUGGCCCAUUAUUACAACCCGAUACCAAGUCUGAUGUGCGCCAUCCAGCAAUACACCACAAGUACCACAAACCAGCAACAGCAAUUCCCAACGACACCACAAUUUGGCCUAAACCAUCAACAACAGCAGCAACAAUUGCUAAUGAGCAACAAGUCUACUAUCCAACCAGAAACCUACCACAAAGGUCUGAUGGUAAAGAAUUUACCGCAGGAAAAUUUAGGUUUGUCAUUGGAUGGGACAAAGUUACCGAGUAAGGAGAAAGGUUUUUCCCCGAAGAAGGGUUUGAUGGUUGGUCAUGAAGAUUUGAUGACGCAGAGGGGUGCAGGAGUUUUCCAGGCAGGUGGUUUUGGAAAUGGUGCUUCUGCGGAAAGUCCGAGGAAGAGCAGUUCAGGAGACAAGAAGUCUGGGAGUCCUAGUCAGAAAAGUCAGGGUGGAAGUGCUGGUGGAAAUAAUACUGGAAAGACAUAUUCUUGUCUGGAAUGUGGAAAAACCUUCAGUGCACAUUACAAUUUAACAAGGCACGCCCCUGUGCACACGGGGGCUCGCCCCUUCGUCUGCAAAGUCUGCGGAAAGGGAUUCAGACAGGCUUCAACAUUGUGCAGGCACAAAAUCAUCCACACGUCGGAGAAGCCUCACGUUUGCAACGUUUGUGGAAAGGCUUUCAAUAGGUCUUCGACAUUGAACACACAUUCGAGAAUCCACGCCGGUUACAAACCAUUCACGUGCGAACAUUGCGGAAAAUCGUUCCACCAGAAAGGAAAUUAUAAAAAUCACAGGUUGACCCACAAUGGUGAAAAGGCCUACAAAUGUACAAUAUGCGGCAAAGCCUUCCACCAGGUCUACAACCUGACCUUCCACAUGCACACACACAACGACAGCAAACCCUUCACGUGCAGGGUCUGCGGAAAGGGCUUCUGCAGAAAUUUCGACCUGAAGAAACACACCAGGAAACUGCACGAGUCGGGGGCGCAGACCGAAUCGGAUUUUCUGGUCAUUGCUUCUUACAUUCCAAGGCCAAAAAUGUCCGAAGGAACAAGUUCCACUUUGGCAAUUAAAAGCGAACCAUUAGAGUAUGAAGAUGCGAAAGAGGAAUUAAAUGAUUAUGAAAGUUUGCCACAAAAUGAUGAAAGAUAUCUUCACCGAUUUUUAAAAUCAGAGGUUAUUAUAGAGGAGGAAAUAAAGAAGGAAACAACUGAUCAUCAAAAUGAAGUUUCUUAUCCAAAUGUGGAUAAAGAACCUGAUGUGGUAAAGAAGACAAUUCAAGAAUCAGAGAUCAAAAUAAAGCAAGAAACAAUUGAUGAUGAAUAUGAAAUUAUUGAACAAGAACCAGAAACCUCAGACAAAACACAUGAAAUUAUUUAUGAGUGUGCAACAUGCAAUAAAACACUAGCAUCAAAAAAAUCAUUAAGACAACAUGAAAUGAUCCAUACUGGAGAGCGCCGCCAUAAAUGUGAAAUAUGCAAUAAAGCAUUCUUGACGAAACAAAAAUUAAGGCAUCAUGAAGCGAUCCACACUGAAGAGCGCCCACAUGAAUGUACAAUAUGCAAUAAAACAUUCAAACUAAAACGAUCAUUAAAGGAACAUGAAAAGAUCCAUACUGGAGAGCGCCUUUAUGAAUGUGAAAUGUGCAAUAAAGCAUUUAGAACAAAACAAAAAUUAAACUUACAUAAAGUGAUCCACACUGGAGAGAGACCUUAUGAAUGCGAAAUUUGUAAUAAAACUUUUCCAUUGAAACAAUCAUUAAGUCAACACAAAUUGAUCCAUAAUGAAGAGCGCCGCUACAGUUGUGAAAUAUGUAAUAAAACAUUUGCAUUAAAGCAAUCAUUUAAAGUACAUGUUUUGACUCAUAGUGGAGAACGACUUCAUGAAUGUCAAAUAUGCAAUAAAAAGUUUACUCACAUAAACAAUUUGAGAACACAUUUAGUUGUGCAUACCACUGAACGUUCCUACUAUAAAUGUGAAACGUGCAAUAACACAUUCACAACAAAACAAACAUUAAAACGACAUGAACUUACCCAUGCUGGAGUGAAACCCUACAAAUGUGAAAUAUGCAAUAAAGAGUUUACUCAAUUGGGCAAUUUCAAAGUUCAUUUAACUGUGCACACGGGAGAGCGGUCCUAUAAAUGUGAAAUGUGCAAUAACACAUUUACAACAAAAAAAACAUUGCAGCAACAUGAAGAGACCCACGCUGGAGUUAAGGCCUACAAAUGUUUAAUAUGCGAUAAAGCAUACACAUCAAAACGGGCAUUAAAACUGCAUGAAUUGAUACACAGUGGAAAAUUGCCUCAUAAAUGUGAAACAUGCAAUAAAACAUUCACCACAAAAAAUAUUUUAAACCAACAUGAACUGCUCCACACUGGAGAGCGACCUUAUGAAUGUCAAAUAUGCAAUAAAGCAUUUGCAACAAAACAGUCAUUAAAUCGACAUAAAUUGAUCCACCCUGGGGAACAAAAUAUUGAAGAAAUGGAUUAUUGCAUACAACAAAGUCCAAAAAUGUCCGAAGGAACAAGUUCCACUUUGGAAAUUAAAAGUGAACCAUUAGAGUAUGCUGAUGUGAUAGAGGAAUUAGAUGAUUAUGAAAGUUUGCCACAGAAUGAUGAAAUAUAUGUACAGCGAUUUUUAAACUCUGAUGUUACUAUAAAGGAAGAAAUAAAGAAAGAAACCAUUGAUGAUCAAGAUGAAGAAAAAGAAACAAUUCUAGAAUCAGGGAUCAAAAUAAAGAAAGAAAUAAAGCAUGAAACGAUUGAUGAUCAAUAUGAAAUUAUCGAACAAGAACCAGAAACUUCAGACAGAACAACACAUGAAAUUAUUUAUAAAUGUGCAACAUGCAAUAAAACACUUGCAUCAAUAUAUUCAUUAAAACAACAUGAACUAACCCACACUGAAGAGCGCCCCCAUGAAUGUAUAAAUUGCAACAAAACAUUCAAAACAAAGCAGUCAUUAAAACAACAUGAAUUAAUUCACACUGAAGAGCGCCCCCACGAAUGUGCAAAUUGCACCAAAACAUUCAAAACAAAGCAGUCAUUAAGAGAGCAUGAAUUGAUCCAUACUGGAGAGCGCCCGCACGAAUGUGAAAUAUGCAAUAAAGCAUUUAUGACAAAACCAAAAUUAAACUUACAUAAAGUGACCCAUACUGGAGAGCGACCCUUUACAUGUGAAAUAUGCAAUGAAACAUUCACAACAAAAAAAUCAAUGAAACGACAUGAAUUAACCCAUAGUUUAGAGCGCCCCUAUAGUUGUGAAAUAUGCAAUAAGGCAUUUACAUUGAAACAAACAUUAAAACAACAUGAAUUAAGUCAUAGUGGAGAACGACCCCAUGAAUGUGAUCUAUGCAAUAAAAAGUUUACUCUAUUAAGCAAUUUGAAAGCACAUUUAACUCUGCACAGCGGAGAGCGAUCCUACUAUAACUGUGAUAUAUGCAAUAAAACAUUCGUGACAAAAUAUAAAUUAAAUGAACAUGAAUCGAUCCACACUGGAGAAAAACCUUAUAAGUGUGAAAUGUGCAAUAAAACAUUCAGAACAAAACAAUCAUUAAACUCACAUGAAUUGGUCCACACUGCAGAAAGACCUUAUAAAUGUGAACUAUGCGAUAAAGCAUACACAAAAAAACAAAAAUUAAACCAACAUGAAUUGACCCAUACUGGAGAGCGCCCCCAUGAAUGUGAUAUAUGCAAUAAAGCAUUCAUGACAAAAGGAAUGUUAAGGCAACAUGAAGUGAUCCACACUGGAGAAAGACCUUACAAAUGUGAAAUGUGCGAUAAAGCAUUCAGAACCAAACAAAAAUUAAACCAACAUGAAUUGACCCACACUGGUGAGCGCCCUCAUGAAUGUGCAAAAUGUAAUAAAACAUUCAAAUUAAUAACAUCAUUAAAACGACAUGAAAAGAUGCAUACAGAGGAGCGAUGCCAUAAAUGUGCAAAAUGCAAUAAAGCAUUCAGAACAAAACAAACAUUAAACCAGCAUGAAGAGAUCCACACUAAAGAGCGCCCCCAUGAAUGUGCAAUUUGCAAUAAAACAUUCAAAACAAAACGAACGUUAAAAGAGCAUGUAAAGCUGCAUAUUGGAGAGCGUCUUCAUGAAUGUGAAAUGUGCAAUAAAGCAUUCAAAACAAAACAAAAAUUAAACGUACAUAAAGUGAUCCACACUGGAGAGAGACCCUAUGAAUGUGAAAUUUGUAAUAGAGCAUUUCCAUUAAAACAAUCAUUAACACGACAUAAAUUGAUCCAUACUGGAGAACAAAAUAUUCAAGAAAUAGAUUCUGUAAACUUGGAUUCAUAAUUGGGGAUAGAACUUGUAGUGCAAGCGCAAUUACAUAUUCCAAUUAACUAAGGAUGACAUUUUUAUAUAAA